GUGUUUGCGUGUGGUCACAGUUCCCGCCAUCAGCCGCUCUCCCUGAGUGGGGGGAGCGAGCGGCCUUACUAUUUCGUGUUCGGCUUCCUUUCCUUCUUUACCCCCGACUCCUCCCCUUCCGUGUGGGCUCUGUGCUUUCAGCUGGCUUGUCCCGGGGUUCCGGACCAUCAGGCACAGCUGAAUUGAUGGCUUCUGGAGAACUUGUAUAGCUGCAGAAUAUGCAUAGUUUCCCAAGAAGAGUGCUUUGCCUUUGGGACAAGGACCAGAAUAAAGGUGAAUUGUUAUUACAUAAGAUUUUCAGUAAAAGUCACUGAAAAUUAUUUGCUAUACAGUAACCAGAGGCUUCAAACUAGGGGUUCCCACGCUGUAUUCUACUGGCAGAACCUAUCCGGUGAAGGUAUAUUUUUGCUUUUUAAUUUGGGUAGAAGCAAUUUAUUUUUAAAGAAAAUAUGUCUUCUCUGAAGAUACAUGGUCCUAUCAGAAUUCGAAGUAUGCAGACUGGGAUUACAAAGUGGAAAGAAGGAUCCUUUGAAAUUGUGGAAAAAGAGAAUAAAGUCAGCCUAGUAGUUCACUACAAUACUGGAGGAAUUCCAAGGAUAUUUCAGCUAAGUCAUAACAUUAAAAAUGUGGUACUUCGACCCAGUGGAGCGAAACAAAGCCGCCUGAUGUUAACGCUACAAGAUAAUAGUUUCUUGUCUAUUGACAAAGUACCAAGUAAGGAUGCAGAGGAAAUGAGAUUGUUUCUAGAUGCAGUCCAUCAAAACAGACUUCAUGCAGCCACGAAACCUUCUCAGGGGUCUGGUAGUUUUGGAGCCAUUUUGGGUAGUAGGACCUCACAGAAGGAAACCAACAGGCAGCUUUCUUAUUCAGACAAUCAGGUGUCUUCAAAAAGAGGAAGUUUGGAAACUAAAGAUGAUGUAUCAUUUCGCAAAGUUCUUGGUAAUCCAGGUAGAGGAUCCAUUAAAACUGUAGCAGGAAGUGGAACAGCUGUUACACGGACAGUUCCUUCUUUGGUUCCUUCUUUGAUGUCUACAUCAACACCUCUCAGAUCAGGGUUACUAGAAAAUCGGACUGAAAAGAGGAAAAGAAUGCUAUCAUCUGGCUCAGAGUUAAGCGAAGAUUAUCCUAAGGAAAAUGAUUCAUCAUCGAACAACAAAGCUAUGACAGAUCCUUCAAGAAAGUAUUUAAGCAGCAGUAGAGAAAAGCAGCUGAGUUUGAAGCAGUCAGAAGAAAAUCGGACAUCAGGGCUUUUACCUUUGCAGUCAUCAUCUUUUUAUGGUAGCAGAGCUGGAUCCAAGGACUACUCGUCUGGUGUCACUAACUUAGACAGGAGUAAUGUUUCAAGCCAGACUCCCUCUGCCAAAAGAAGUUUGGGAUUUCUUCCUCAGCCAGCUCCUCUUUCUGUUAAAAAACUGAGGUGUAACCAGGAUUACACUGGUUGGAACAAACCAAGAGUGCCCUUUUCCUCUCACCAACAGCAACAACUGCAGGGCUUCUCCAAUUUGGGAAAUACCUGUUACAUGAAUGCUAUUUUACAAUCUCUAUUUUCACUCCAGUCAUUUGCAAAUGACUUGCUUAAGCAAGGUAUCCCGUGGAAGAAAAUUCCGCUCAAUGCACUUAUCAGACGCUUUGCACACUUGCUUAUUAAAAAGGAUAUCUGUAAUUCAGAGACCAAAAAAGAUUUACUCAAGAAAGUUAAAAACGCCAUUUCAGCUACAGCAGAGAGAUUUUCUGGUUAUAUGCAGAAUGAUGCUCAUGAAUUUUUAAGUCAGUGCUUAGACCAGCUGAAAGAGGAUAUGGACAAAUUAAAUAAAACUUGGAAGACUGAACCUUUUCCUGGAGAAGAAAAUUCACCAGAUAUUUCUGUUACCAGAGUAUACACUUGCCCUGUUAUUACUAACUUGGAGUUUGAGGUUCAGCACUCCAUCAUUUGUAAAGCAUGUGGAGAGAUUAUUCCAAAAAGAGAACAGUUUAAUGACCUCUCUAUUGACCUUCCUCGUAGGAAAAAACCACUCCCUCCUCGUUCAAUUCAAGAUUCCCUUGAUCUUUUCUUUAGAGCAGAAGAACUUGAGUAUUCUUGUGAGAAGUGUGGUGGAAAGUGUGCUCUUGUCAGGCACAAAUUUAAUAGGCUUCCCAGGGUCCUUAUUCUUCAUUUGAAACGAUACAGCUUUAAUGUGGCUCUCUCACUUAACAACAAGAUUGGGCAGCAAGUCAUCAUUCCAAGAUACUUGACCCUGUCAUCUCAUUGCACUGAAAAUACAAAACCACCUUUUACUCUUGGUUGGAAUGCACAUAUGGCAAUUUCUAGACCAUUGAAAGCCUCUCAAACAGUGAAUUCCUGCAUCACCAGCCCUUCUACGCCUUCAAAGAAGUUUACCUUCAAAUCUAAGAGCUCCUUGGCUUUAUGCCUUGAUUCAGACAGUGAGGAUGAGCUAAAACGCUCUGUGGCCCUCAGCCAGAGAUUUUGUGACAUGUCAGGCAAUGAACAGCAGCAGGAAGUCCUGGAAAAAGAUUCAAAAUUAUGCCAAAUAGAGCCUGAUAAAUCUGAAUUGGAAAACUCAGGAUUUGACAAAAUGAGUGAAGAAGAGCUUUUAACAGCUGUCUUAGAAAUAAGUAAGAGAGAAACUUUACCAUCUCUGAGUCAUGAAGAUGAUGAUAAGCCAACAAGCAGCCCAGAUACUGGAUUUGCAGAAGAUGAUAUGCAAGAAAUGUCUGAAAAUCCAGACACUAUGGAAUCUGAGAAGUCCAAGACAAUCAUAGAGCCAGAUCCUGCCAGUUUUACUGAGAUUGCUAAAGACUGUGAUGAGAAUAAAGAAAACAAAACUCCUGAAGUAUCUCAGGGAGAAGUUGAUUGGCUUCAGCAGUAUGAUAUGGACCGUGAAAGGGAAGAACAAGAGCUUCAGCAGGCAUUGGCUCAGAGCCUUCAAGAGCAAGAAGCUUGGGAACAGAAAGAAGACGAUGAUCUCAAAAGAGCCACAGAGCUAAGUCUUCAAGAGUUUAACAACUCUUUUCUGGAUGCAUUGGGUUCUGAUGAGGACUCUGGAAAUGAAGAUGUUUUUGAUAUGGAAUACACAGAAGCUGAAGCUGAGGAACUGAAAAGAAAUGCUGAGACAGGAAAUCUUCCUCAUUCCUAUCGGCUCAUCAGUGUUGUUAGUCACAUUGGUAGCACUUCUUCUUCAGGUCAUUACAUUAGUGAUGUGUAUGAUAUUAAGAAGCAGGCGUGGUUUACUUACAAUGACCUGGAGGUAUCUAAAAUCCAAGAGGCUGCUGUGCAAAGUGAUCGAGAUCGGAGUGGUUACAUCUUCUUUUAUAUGCACAAAGAGAUCUUUGAUGAGCUCCUGGAAACAGAAAAGAAUUCUCAGGCAUUUAGCAUGGAAGCAGGGAAGACUACCCGGCAGGCCUCGUGAGGAAGAAACUCCUGGGAUGGCAGUGUGCACUGCGUAUUCUCUCUUAACUGCCGCCCACCUCACCUUUCCUCUGCCCAAGGAGAAUUUGGAAUUCUACAUGAUGCGGGAGCAACAAACAGCUCAGGGCCAAACCAAAAGACAAAAAUUGGAGUUAUGCAGAAUGCUCCGUACUAUUUUAUGGAAACCUUGGUCUCACAUCUGUAGCUGAUUAUCCUCUUUUCUCUCCUACAAGAGUGGCACUUCUUUUGUCUUAGAAAUACAUGUUGUAAAUAUAUAAAUAUAUAUGUACAUACACAUGCACGGGAUGAAUGGAGCCUUAAAGAGUUAAGAUGAACCACAAGACUAUGCUCAUAAUUAAUAGCACAGCAGUUUGGAGAAAAAAUGAAGGUGUCAAAGAAUCCGUUCACCUGGGAAAAGUGUGAAGAUAUACCUAUCCUUUGGCUUUUAGCUUUUAUGUUUCUGGAGUUUCUUGAGUUUCACUCAAGUCUAUAACCUUUCAUGUGUGGUUUCUUACUAGUAAAGUUCACUGGAAAGCCAGCUCUCCAUGUUACACUAAUGACAGUUUGUUCUCCUUGCAUGAGAGGGCCAUUGCUGUCACCUGACUUGAGGAGCCUUUUUUUUUUUUUUUUUAAUUUCAUGAGUUCAUAAUAUCUUUGCCGUUUACAUGCAGUUCCAAGAAAUGGAUUGUUGGUGCUUUGGAAUGUGUAUGGUCCCAUAUUUGAUAUUCAUUGUACACUUUGUGUUUUCUCUAAAGAAAUUUCUUCACACAGAAUGUUUAUCAUGUAUCAUUAUGUUAUGAUGGAGAUGAAGAUAGAAUCUUUUAUUUUCUUCUGUAUCAUUCUUCCAUGGAGCGGUAUUAUCCUAAUGGAUUGUAACCCAAACUUUAAAAGGUAGAAACAUAAUAUUUCUUCAACUGGGACUUCCCAGCAGGACUACUUAGGGAUAAGGAAGAAUAUAAGCAUCUCUGUCUAACAUAGGCCAAGAGAGGCAUUCUUGUUUUAAAGCUGGAUUUCUGGACCACUAAAGCUCAAAGCCCUACCACUAGUGUGAAAUUAAGUACUUGAGCUAUAGGAUAAAGGUUGAGUAUUUAAUCAUUUGCUGUCCGACUUUGCCCUUAAAAUAGGUGCGAAUUAAAAUGUGAUUGGUUUAGAUUAUCUCAAGAAUAAACAGAUAACAAAGGUGCAUAAUAUAUUUAUCUUUUUAGGUGCUCUGAGUCGAGGCUGAGUGAGGAUGCAACAUCAAGUGCUACCUUAGUCAGUUAGCUGACAUAACCAACUUGGUUAAAGCAGCUUAUGAAACCAUAUAAAGAAUGAGUUUGAAGGUGGAAUUCUAUCCACAAAAUAAUUUUGUGAGCCCAGAUAUCAGUAGGAUUGCACAGAGUUUAGUAUAGCAAAAUGAAACUUUCAUUAGUUUUCUUCUAUGUUUUUUCUUUGCUUUUAUUGUAAACAAGGGGGAUUGCUUUUCAGACAAAAACCACAUCAGGUAUUUAGGAGGAAGAAAUGUUUUAAAAACCCAUCAUCACAGAAGAUACAACAUCUUUUCUGGAAGAUUGCCUUAAGAGAGCUCCAGCUCUACUCCUUGAAACUUGGAUGUGUUCUAACAUAGUUAACUCUUCUAAAAUUUUGAAUCUUCAAAUUGUAAAUGGCCUCAGCACUUUUGAUUAACUAUUGAUAAAUGCUUUGCUUCCUAUCAUCUGUGUGUAUACUGUAUCGUAGUAAAUGUUUCAAAGUGGUACAGUGGUAGGAUAUGCAGGAGUAGUUUAGUGCAGAGGAAAAUGCUUGUUUUCAAAACUAGCUUUUAAAAGUUUUGUUUUAUUUCUACCGAGAGCCUCAUUUGGUUUGGUUUGGUUUUGCUUGAAAAUAACUGGUUUUCUCAUAAAUGAGUGACGCGAUGAUCAAAAUUUUUGGCUAGUUAUCAUUUAUCUUAACCUAUCUGUGCAUUUGAGAGCUUCUAGAAGCACUGAUAAAAAUUAUCAGGAACAGUUUGAAGUGAGGGCUGCAUUAAGACACAGAGAAGAAUUGAAAUAAUGCCAUUAAGCCUAGAAGCAGCCUUAUUUGAAUUGUUUUCAUAGCUUGCACACAUGUAUCAUUUAGAAAUACACUUGGCUUAGAAAUCUGGUUUGAUUUUCAUGUCUUAAGCAGGACUUGCUAGUUUAAGAUAGGUUACUAGAGUACAUGAAUUAUCUCAUUGCUCACAUACUUAAAAGUUUGGGACUUGAAUUUCACUUGAUACUUGUCCUUUGUUGUGGCCUUGUCAGCCUUUUCCUUUACUCCUUUCCUUUACUCUUUUGACUACAAAUGGAGAUUUCAGCUGGACAGUGUUGAUGGGGUAUGUUGGGGGUUUUUUGAGCUGGUUAUAUAUAUUUAAAAAUUAUAAAUAGAUAAUAUAUUGUUUUUUUGCACAGUGUGAUCAGUUUGCUCAGAACUGGGGGAUGGACCCGUUAGCCUGUUGAGGCCAGGAAGGGACAAGUUAGAUUGAGAGACAGAGUGCUUCUGUUCCAGGCAGUUUGCAUGGUACCUAAUUAACCUUCCUAUUGAAAAUACCAAAUGUAUGGUUACAUUACUUUGAAUGACAUUGAAUUGGAACUUUAUAGUCAUUAGUUCUAGAUACAACCUUUUGAUCUUAUUUGAAAUUUUUUGAAAGGG